AUGAGUGAAGAAAUGGAGGCAGGCGAUGAGACAGACUGGACGCAGUUGGAACCCAAGGACUCGGUCAAAAUCUUCUUGACUGUCUUGUACAGUCUUCUUCUGGUCACAGGAAUCCUGGGCAAUUGUGUCACCAUCCGAGUGACACAAGUGCUGAAGCGAAACGGUUACCUGCAGAAGAAUGUGACCGACCACAUGGUCAGCCUGGCUUGCUCGGACUUGUUGGUGCUCCUCGUCGGAAUGCCAGUGGAGCUCUACAGCGCCAUCUGGUUCCCCUUUACGUCGGCGUCAGGCGACGCCGCAUGUAAGAUCUACAACUUUGUUUUUGAGGCUUGCAGUUACGCUACCAUCCUCAAUGUGGCCACUCUUAGCUUUGAGCGCUACGUGGCCAUCUGUCACCCUUUUCAUUUCAAAGCCUUGGGCUGCAAACGUACGUCGGCCCUCAUCACCUUCGCCUGGCUGGCGUCGGUACUCGUGGCACUGCCGUUGCUGGUUGCUACGGGAACACAAGGCCACAUUCCUUUUUCGGCAGACACGCCUAUCCAGAACUUGACUUUCUGCACAAACCUAAAGGAACGCUGGUUGAUGUACCGAGUCAGCAUCUUUGUGGCUUUUAUCGUCUACAUGCUGGUUUUGGUCUGCGUGGCCUUCAUGUGUCGCGCAAUGAUCCUGGUUCUGCGGGGAGUCCCAGGUUCUUUAGAUGACGGAAUCGCAAGAUCGUCGAAGCAUGAAAGCUCGAAGGUCAAGAUAGCCAGGAAGCAGAGCAUUAUUUUCCUUGGCCUGAUUGUUGGCUCCCUGAUGGUGUGUUGGUUCCCCAAUCAAAUCCGUCGUCUUAUGAUGGCCGCCGUUCCUAAAUCCCGCUGGACUGCAGCCUACUUUUGGAGCUACGUCACCCUCCACCCGGUGGCCGACACCUUCUUCUAUCUCAGCUCAGUCCUCAACCCGUUCCUGUACAACGUGUCCUCCAGACAGUUCAGGGACGUCUUUGUCCAGGUGUUGCGGUGCCGCCUUACGGUCCAACACGUCAACAAGCGGGCCUUGAAUUACUCCGGCGUGGCUUCAGCAAGCUCCCUCUAGCCUCUGCUGCUCAAGUCCUUGCGUCGCAGUCAGAAGGUCCGCUGCACUUUAACAAAAGGUUCCUCUCAGGACCAAAGUGGCUCAGGGGUGCGUUUGGAUGGUCUGACAGCCCCAAAGGAGUUAGCUGAGGCUCUCACAACAAAGACAUGUUAAAAACAAGAACAAUGUAAAUACUAAACGACUUUAUUCAUGUACAAAUCAGUGUUAAUUUUGAGAGCCUUGACAAAUACUUUUUUUUCUAAUUUUAGUCAUUUAAAUUGUUUUAGUCGACUAAAUUCCUCAAUAUUUUAGUCAACGAUAUUUACAGUAAAUUGUCGGCCAAAAUAUAAAGUAUUUUGCAUAUUUGAAGUUGCCUUGAAACCACUUUUAUUAAAGUUAUUGCAGGGCAUCUCAAAAACUAACUUCACCAGAAUUGUAUCAAUAAGUACAUUUCUCACUAACCUCACUGAGUUAUUAUUUUAGAAGAAAUUAAGCAUGAAGUAGGCCGGCUUCGUCGCGUGAGGAAGCCUACAAUUUUUGGUUGUGUUUUCCACUCCAUAUGCUGAAUGCCGAUAUACUAUAAUAAUGCUUAUUAUAUCAACUAUCAGAGACAGCUUCAGGAAACUCUUCAUUUAACAUAAUGUCCUUUUUUGCUGCUUCAACACAGCUCAAUCAACACAGAAAAAGGUAAUGUGAAAUAACUUAGUUGUUAACUGUAGGUCAAUAAUGCUUGUCUUUCUCUCAGACAGACACACACACGCAUGCAUGCACACACCGCACAGUGAGCUAACGUUACGCUAAAAGCUAAUUAGCCUUCACCUCAAGGACUGCGAGCGAGCUGAGCUGCCGCUUAUGUUUCUAGAAUGUCAACGGGCUCAUAGUGAUGUUACUAGUAGUUGACUGGGAGGUGUUUAUUAUAAUUUGGGGAGAGCCCGCUGCCUUAUGCUUACCUGCUAAACACCUUUCUGCUAACCCCACCACAAGAGCACUGACUCCAUAACAAAAACAACAAUAUGAUUAGGUUAUAUAUACAUGCGUAUAUCUUACAUAAACAAUGUAUGAAUACAUUAGAUAUCUAUAUA